UUGAGUUGAUGGAAGCGGCCUCGAAGAAACUACAUCCACGUUCAGCUGUGUAAACGGGCUGAGCAUUUCUUCGGUUCGUUUAGAAUGCUGGGUUACAAUAACUCUUCAGAUUUUCAGAAGAUCGGCCUAGGUUUGCUUGCUUUUGGAGUGGGUUUUCUUUGUCUUGGUGUCCUAUUUUUCUUCGACGGUGCUCUGUUGGCUCUAGGUAAUGUUCUUUUCUUGGGUGGAAUAGGAUGCCUUAUUGGAUUACAGAAGGCUUGCACGUUCUUUUUUCGCCGUACGAGUUUGAAGGGAGCAGUUUUCUUCUUCGGGGGCAUAUUCGUUGUACUUUUUGGCUUCCCCUUCAUAGGAAUGUUGUUGGAAAUUUAUGGAAUGAUAAAUUUAUUCAGUAAAUUUAUCCCAGUGGCAAUCAAAUUUUUGUAUGGUGUUCCUGUAAUCGGUUGGAUCUUAUGGCUUCCCGGGAUUAAUGGAGUAAGUCUAUGUGUAAAAGUAGCGUAAUAUUUUCCAUUUUCAGCUGACUAGUUAAAGUUCGACUAAAAAUCGAAAACUACUAGACAGGCUCCUUGUCCAAACCUAAUAUAUUCUUCUUAAUACAUUGCUAAACCUAGCAGCUUCAGAUUAUGAUGAGUACUUAAUUGUUUAGUCAUUAACCUGGGCUUCUAUAACAAGCAUUCCAAAAUCCUUUGACAUCGCUCGAAACCGCUUGCAAAGACAAAAGUGCACUCCUUGUCUUCCUCUAGAAUCUGAGUCCCGAAAUCUAAUUGUACAUAUUCUUUCCUUUUUGUAUGUCCAAUCCUCCUUUUGCCAUUACUAUAGGAUUUAUUUUGAAAUAAUCUCACCUCGCCAUGGAAAUGUGGUAUGGGAACUUGAACCGAUGCAUAUGUGUAUGAUAAUGAUCAUUUGAUUAACCUAGAGAUAAUUAUAGCUAAGUAAAUUGACUAACGGGUUUUGACCAAGUAGUUUACCAAUAAUUGUAAUUCCCCUAUUUGAACUACGAGCUUUGACCAAUGACAAAAACACUAGUUCAUUCUGGAGACUUAUCUGUAGCUGUUAUUCUGCAGUUAAAACUACUUAAGAAUCAAAUCAGCCUCAAAAUAAAUUUGGUCACAUAAGAGUGUCUACUCUUUUCCUCAUAUUUUAACUAAAAAUAGAUAUUAUGAAAUGCGAAACUAAGUACUUCAUGUAGUUAAAAAAAAAGCACCUGCUUAAGUUCUGAAUUAUUGUUAUUUAACUAUAACAGCACUCAAAUCUCUUCCAUUGGGUUGCAGAUUCGAACAUCACUUCACCUACUUUGGUUUUGGUAGCUGGGUUGUAUCUUUAGUGUGCAUACAGAUAGUUUAGCUCACAAUCAAACACAUUAACUUGUUUUGUGAGUUACAUUACCUCAUAACUUCUUCAAAACCCACUUUUAAUGUCCCAAGAAUCGUUGUAUUUUGUGAUGCUACAGCUUCCUUCAGUUAGUUGAAGAGGACCAAGCUCUACAGAUUUCUGUGAGCUCCAAGAUUAGUAAGCUCUGUUUCUUAUUUAUUACACAUUAAAUCUGGUAAAAAGGCACGAAAAAUCGGAUGCGCUAAUAAAUACAGAGGCAGCAUUGCAAAGAGGAAAGAGGGAAAAAGACAGUAAAUUCAAAGAUAAAAAGAAGUAUAAAUGAAUAUUGUACAACAAAACAAAAUGGUUCAGUUGAAGACCUAGCCAAGGAAGACUUCCAGUUAAGUGGAUUUCUUUUAUUUCUGUGAAGAAUGUAGGAGAAAACUAACAGCGUCACCGUCUUACAGUCCAAGUCAUCUGGUACCGUCUCUUCACACUAAUUUCCACCAGCUUCAAGAUCCCAACCUCAGAGUCAUGAUCCAUCAACAAAUCCCAGUCCUAUAGGGCUUUCCUUUCAUAAAACGACAUUAUGUCAUAAAGCAGACAUCACCUUCUUCAGACAGUCCUAGCUUCGAGAAAUAACCCAAAAUGUGAAUGUCUCUGUAAUGAAGUUCUGAACUGAUGUUCGAGCCACCGAAACCAAUGUUUUAAAGUAGUAACACCGAUUGAUUGCGUGAACACACAUCGCUGAACCUCAACAUUACUUACAUGGGGUUGGCAUCUGGUAUGAAUAAUUUUUCGGAGGUAAUGUGGAAGGAAAGUGGGGGAGAUAAAGAACAUUCUCGAUUCGGAAAAUCCACGUUUUACUGACGCAUUGCAAAGCUGACCUUUUGUAAUCAGACUAACAUCAAGAUGGCACCAUUCUAUCUAGGUCUAUCUCAUCUGUCACAUCACCACAAUAACGAUUAGCAAUAACAUACACAGUUGUGUAAUGAAGACAACUUGAUAAUUAAAACUAGAGGUUGAUGAAGUUUAAAUCUAGUACAUGUUUGUAUACAUAACGCCGUGGAGUGAAAAUUAACGCCAUAAAGUCGAAAUCUUUCAUUAAAUGCAGUCUGAUUUCGGUUCUCCCAAACGAAAUACAUCUCUUAUAAAUAAUUCUUUUUUACUAAUUGACUAUAUGACCCUUCUUUUCAAUUUAUCUACAUGGUGAAUCGUGUUGAUUACUUGUCGGUGUUCUAUUGAACGUACACAAAAUAUUUUUCAAAUAAGACUGAUGGAUUUGUGCGCUGUGCUAAUAUUUUGCAACACCAACAUCAAUAAACCCGCUAACUAGGGUAAAACGACCAGUCUCGUAAUGUGACCCUUGUUGAUGACCUCAAUAAAACUGAGAAUACAUUCAAGCAAAUCGAUCAUAUAUCGAUGGUAAUGAUUAGACUUUGUAAACUGAGGAAUUAUUGAUGAACACAAACUAUGGCGAGAAAUUAUUUAUUUAUUUAUUUGAACACAUAAAUAUUGGUACAAGGAGGCACCAAAUAUAUAUGCGCUACACUCAUGUUUUAGUGUGUGAGCUGAGAUACUGCCCGGGUGCCCAAACUGAAGCAGGUGGUUUUCUUAGGGGACCACACCCGGAGCCUUGGACCUGAACGUCUGGAUCACAAGGCAGUGCAGCAUCGUAAGGAGAUGCAGUCCCAUGGUAGCCGGUGACCAACGAUUGAUUCACACGCCACUUGUUCCUGCAGGAUACUGGAGCCCAUGUGCAUCAUUGAGUUGGGAUCCGGUUAAAGCUCCGGACAUUCGCUUUUCGUCCUCUCAUUUUCGUAAACAACACCUGUGCCACGUGAAGGCAGUGAGUAAGACUUCCCUGUCAGAGGCUAUAUACGCGUGGCCGUGUGAGAGUAUUUCGAGAGGGAGGGCGAACCCUCCACGCUCUCGGCCAUACCAGGGCAUUUAAGUUCGUCAAAUGAUGUGACCAAAAUGUGUUGAAAGUUGACCUUACACUAAAUCCUUACUUAUAACUUAUAUUUGAGAUUGCAUUUUGUUACAAUUUUGGAUUCUUCUCACUUAGUAAACACGGCUGAAGGUUACUCCUUAUCGGAGAUGAGGGUUUGUCGACAAGAUAUUUCCUGUACAUAUCUAUUUCUUGAUAAUUAUUUGUUUUAUUUGACAGUUUCUAUUUAUAAUUAGCUGAGUUUAUUUACUUUUAUGUUUGUUAUUUUCUGGGACAAUUGAGCCAAAAAAGUGGCACCAGUUCAUAUGACCAUUGGUUUUUGGAUUGAGUCCCAAGUGUUCGACCAUUGUCUUUCUUGGCAUACCGUUAGCAGAUAGUGUAGAUUAUUCUAAGUUUUGGGAACGUCUACUGAUGCAUAGUAGAAAUCGCGAUCUAAUAAAUUUAAAUAUUGAUAAAGUGGUUUGAAUACACAGACCUGUCAAUGACUUCUAUGCAGAGCGUUAUUUGUUGGAUAUCGUAUUUAGUGAAAAAUAGACAAUCACUCCGUGAUGUAUUUCUGCUGAUCCACGGAGAUCUCUGUUGGGUAAAAAGAUUCACUAUCAUACUACAAUUCAUUUCAUUAGCUUCUGACAUUACUAGACAUGUCUCAAAAUGGUAAAUAUUUGGAAUGUAUCGAUUCAAUCAUCCAAAAAUCGUCAUUUCUUUUUGCAUGGGCCAUACUUUUAUUCCUUUUUGUACUAACUAUUUUUGUUUUAAAUAAGCGAGUGUUGUGCUUCGAUUCAUCUAUACUAUUUCUAAAUCACGCUUUUUUUCCCAAAUAAAUAUUAAUACUUUAUAGUUUGUACGCAGACUCAGUCAAUCGAAUUCAAUGGUAUGAUUCAUACAAGAUGGAACUUCAUGUAGAUCAUGUUUACCUUUUAAUGAUAGAACAAUAUAAUAAUUAUCGUGAAAACAGGUUUAACUAUCUCUCUCUCUCUCUCUCUUUCUUUGUACAUGUUUUAAUUGAACGUUGAAAAUAUGUAAACAAUUUCUACACUUUCUAUACUGUGUAUAUGUCUUUAAGUAGUGUUUUUCGUUUUCGAAGAAAAACCUGUUAUACGUAUAACCAUUUAAAAAAAUGAUCCUAUUUAUCCUUUCAG